AUGAAGACGGCUUUAAUUUUGCUCAGCAUUUUGGGAAUGGCCUGUGCUCUCUCAAUGAAAAAUUUGCAUCGAAGAGCCAAAUUAGAGGAUUCUGAAGAAAAUGGGGUCUUUAAGCACAGGCCCCGAUAUUAUCUUUACAAGCAUGCCUACUUUUAUCCUCCUCUAAAACGAUUUCCGGUUCAGAGCAGUAGUGACUUGUCUGAAGAAAAUGGAAAUGGUGAUAGCUCAGAAGAGGAGGAAGAAGAGGAGACUUCAAAUGAAGAACAAAACAAUGAAGAGAAUGAAGAUUCUGAUGGAAAUGAAGACGAAGAGUCAGAGGCUGAGAACACCACCCUUUCCAUUACCACACUUGGUUAUGGAGAGGAGACCACGCCUGGAACAGGGAAUAUAGGUCUAGCUGCCAUCCAGCUUCCCACGAAGGCUGGGGAUAUAGGAAAGAAGGCUACAAAAGAGGAGGAAAGUGAAGAGGAAGAAGAGGAAGAAAAUGAAAAUGAAGCAGAAAUGGAUGAUAAUGAACAAGGCCUAAAUGGCACUAGCACCAACAGCACAGAGAUAGACAUUGGCCAUGGCAGCAGUGGUGGGGACAAUGGAGAGGAGGAGGAAGGCGAAGAAGGUGUCACUGAAGCCAAUGCAGAAGGAACCACAGUGGUUGGAGGGCAGGACAAUGGUGGCUCUAAGGCAACUGCCUCUCCAAAUGGUGGAUAUGAACCUACAACUCCACCCCAGGAGAUCUACGGGACGACCCCGCCACCAUUUGGGGAAACUACCACCCCUGGAUAUGAGGGGGAGUAUGAACAAACAGGCACCAGUGAGUACAACAACGGAUAUGAAAUCUACGAAAAUGAAAAUGGAGACCCUCGUGGGGACACUUACCGAGCCUAUGAGGAUGAGUACAGCUACUAUAAAGGGCAGAGCUACGACGGCUACGACGGUCAAGAUUACUACUACCACCAGUGA